GAAGCUUGGGCUGCGUGCGCUAAGGCGCUGCGGGAAUACGACGAGGACAUGAUCCAGGAUUGGAAGGAGGAGAUCGACACCCUCCUCGUCUUCGCCGGUCUGUUCUCUGCCAUCCUUACGGCUUUCAACAUCGAGUCGUACAAGCUGCUCCAGCAGCAGCCAGAGGACGCGACUGCGGCCAUUCUCACGCAGAUCUCGGCGCAGCUGAACAGC